AUAGACGCUAACAAAUAUGGCGGCCCCUGCGAAUUCUUUAUUGAGACUUUGCAGUCAAUCUUGUAUCAAAUGGGGACGCAUUGCGCUCCUUGGUCGUCAUACAAGAGAUACUAUGAAUCACAAGGGACUUAAGAUAUUUAAUCGAGGACUAUGGGUGUCUAGCGUUUCCAUGCGAAAGAUGCAUGACACUGACUGGAAAGUAAAACUUACUCCUGAGCAAUUUGUGGUCUGCCGACAAAAAGGAACAGAACCACCAUGGUCUGGUCAGUUUGUUGAUUUCAAAGGAAAGGGAAUUUACAAGUGUGUUUGUUGUGGCAGUGAUCUGUUUAGCUCAUCCACAAAGUUUGAUUCUGGCACAGGUUGGCCCUCAUUCCAUUCUGCAAUGGAAGUAAAUUCUUGUGUUGCAGCAGCACCUCAGCUCUCAGUAGUUGAAAAGCAUGAUUACAGCCAUGGAAUGGUUAGAGUUGAAGUACUUUGUCGAGAGUGUGAUUCUCAUCUGGGUCACGUAUUUCCAGAUGGUCCUCCACCCACUGGGUUGCGAUACUGUAUCAAUAGUGUAUCACUACAGUUUCAACCAAGAGACAAGGAAAAGUAACUCAGGUGUUACCUAGCCAGAGGGUAACUUGGGGAACUGAACAUGUACAUUGGUGUUCUUUGCAUAUCUAUGUUGAGAAGAUGUUUGAUUGCCUCAUUUUUCAAAAAGCUGAACCCGUGGUUGUUACCAAUUUCGUAAAGGUUCAAUUACAAGGGUCUCAAGCUCAACUUCUUUCAGAGUCACCAUUUCACCACCUUAAAUCAUGAAGACCCAAAAUGAUAUUGUGAGAAAGAAAAUUUUUAGUUGCGAAGAAAGACGAAACAAAGGAUAUUUUUUCAAAUGUUUCAUCCCAUUUUAUGCAACUGUUUAUUCCACUUUAACUUUAAAACAUAAACGCUCUGCAAUAAAAGCGUUUUAGAUGGCUACAUGACUGCCAGAUUCAGUCGCCAAAAGUUUUUUCUGCUCACCAUGAGGACCAAAACGGUAGCAGCUUAGAGGGCUGUAAAGCUUUUAUUGCGAAGAAAAUCAUUAUGUGCUUUGACCUUGUAUGGUAUAACUCUGAUGUAAUCAAGUCAGCUGUCAUUAAAAAACUCUCUUGAUAACUCA